CAUUGCUUUCUAAAAGUGGUCUACUAGAGCAGCUUAUCGAGGAGUGUUCUGAUGAGGAAGGCUCACCUUGUACGCUGCAACUUCAUGGUGUGCCUGGAGGAGCUAAAGCUUUUGAGCUUGUAACCAAAUUUUGUUAUGGUGUCAAAAUAGAGCUGACUGCUUUAAAUGUUGUCAUCCUUAGAUGUGCAGCAGAGUACCUCAGGAUGACUGAAGAGUACGACCAAGGAAACCUCGUUGCACAAACAGAGAUUUUCCUUGAUGAAAUUUUCGGCAGUUGGAGAGACUCCAUAAUAGCUCUUGAAACAUGUGAAGAAGUGCAACCAUAUGUUGAAGAGCUCCAUAUUGUGUCAAGAUGCAUUGAUUCACUAGCUACAAAAGCUUGUUCAGACCCAAAGUUGUUCACCAGGCCUAUGUCAAGAGGAAGUGACAUUAAGAAGACAGCAGGCACUGUGUCAUGGAAUGGAAUAGCUGCUGAAAGUAAGCCACAAUCACCCGGUGAAAAUUGGUGGUAUGAAGAUACAUCCUUCCUGAGCUUACCUCUCUAUAAACGCUUGAUUCAAGCUGUUGAAUCAAAAGGCAUGAGUCCUGAGAGUAUUGCGUCUUCUCUCAUAGCUUACGCUAGAAAGUAUCUCCCCUUGAUGAAUCGGCUAUCAAGCUUUAAUGAUGCAACUCAUGCAAAUUCAGGCACAAACAUUUCUGAUGAAGACCAAAGGGCUUUGCUUGAAGAAAUUGUGGGGUUGCUUCCUAAUAAGAAAGGAGUAACAUCCUCCAAGUUUCUGCUCAGGCUCUUAAGAACUGCUAUGAUAUUACAUGCAAGUCAAUCAUCCAGAGAAAAUUUGGAGAAAAGGGUAGGUGCACAGCUGGACCAAGCUGUUCUCAUUGAUCUUCUAAUCCCAAAUAUGGGAUACUCAGUGGAGACUCUCUAUGACAUAGACUGCAUUCAGAGGAUUCUUGAUCAUUUUAUGUUGGUAAAUCAGCCUUAUCCAUCUUCUCCAUGCAUAAUCGAAGAGGGGCAAUUGAUGAGUGGUACUGAUUUUUUGACACCUAUUACAAUGGUGGCCAGUCUGGUAGAUGGAUAUCUUGCCGAGGUAGCACCAGAUGUUAAUUUGAAGUUACCAAAAUUUCAGGCACUGGCUGCAGUUAUCCCCGAAUAUGCCAGGCCGCUAGAUGAUAGCAUUUAUCAUGCCAUUGAUGUUUUCUUGAAGGCACAUCCUUGGCUUACAGAUGCUGAAAUGGAACUACUAUGCAGACUGAUGAACUGCAAUAAACUGUCAUUGGAAGCCAGCACACAUGCAGUGCAGAACGAAAGAUUACCUCUUCGCGUAAUUGUUCAAGUCCUCUUCUUUGAACAGCUUAGACUACGAACAUCAAUUUCUGGCUGGAUGUUUGUUGACAAUCUAGAGAACUCGCAAAGUGGAAACCUUGGGCUCCCCAGCAAAAAUGAUGGUUCCAAUCGAGUAGACACCGCACAACUAGAACGAGCUGUGGGGUUUGAUUAUGAGGUGAGGGAGCGUGUUUUGGAGCUUCAGAAAGAGUGUUCAAGUAUGAAAAAGGAGCUUCAGAAGUUGGUGAAAAACAAAAGAAGUUGGAGCAUUCUUCCCAUAAGGUUAGGGUUUAGAAAAAAGGUUGAUCCUUGUUGUCCAAAUGAACCAAAGGCCUCUGAUAGAAUGACACCAGCAGCAUGUUUCAGUGAGCCACAAAAUCAUGUGAAUGGAGAAGUGCCUCAUUCACCUGCAAAGCAUCAAACUUGA